AUGAAACCUGCCUUUAUACCUCAUUCCGUAUUCUAAAUUUGUACAGUUCACAUUUCCCAAUUCUAUAGUCCUAAGUAAAAUACUAUUGUUAAAAAUUCCAAAUUUUUUAGAUACAACACUAGACAAGAAAAGAACUAUAACACGAUACUCAACAAUUGUUUUAGCUUUUCUUUUGGACAACCGAUUUGUGUAUACAUAUCUAUUUCUUUUUGGUGCAAAACACAAUUGUAAUCGUUCUCCGAGGGGAGUAAGUCCGGCAAAUCGGCGAGGACAUCCGUGCACCUGACGGCCCCAACGCCCAAAGCGCCCCAAACGCCUUGCUGCAGUCAUGCAACGCUCACCCAAAUCCGUGAUCGUCGACUGCUUCUGGCGGCCGCACCAAACCCUGCUGAAUGCCAUCCGUGGUUGGUAUAGCUUUCGCAGGACCUUUGCCUCGGACUCGGGCAGGGGUGGUGGUAGCGGCAGGGCCUAUGACGGCAAUACGGGUGGCAGCGGCGGAUCCAGCACCGGCAGCGCCCCACGAGCCAGCGCCACAUCACUGGUGUCUGGGGAUCCGAGUACACGGUACUAUACUCGUGGAAAUGUGGGCGCGCUGGAGCGGAGGAUCAAUCGCGAGGAUAAUAUGUGGCGGGAUCGCGGCUACGUGGACACCAAGUGGCUAAAUCCUCGCGAUCCAUACGCCUACCGCCCCAACUUCCGGCCCACAGAGCCCGUUUCACUGCGGAAGCAGUUCAUGCGCAGUCCGGACGAGAUCUCGCGCGAGGUCAUGAGCCGUGACUGGGAGCGGACGGUUAAGAACUACCGCCGCUCGGUGAUGACCAACGGACGAUCCGGGUUCACCAGCACCACCAGCGUUAGCGACACCGUUAGCAGCAAAGAUGGAGGCCCAGGCAUAGGUGCCAAAGCCAGCGCCAGUGUCAGCGCCAGCCCUAGGGGCAUCCGAGAUCGCCCACUCAAGACCUGGGAGCUAUCGGACCAUACACUCCAGUACAUGCAGCAGCGGAUGUCACAGCAGAUUAAACAGGAGCAGGAUCACCAGCUAACCGUAUGGCAGCAGAGGCAGCUGAUGCUCCAGCAGGAGGAAAAAGAACAAUUGGAGAAUCCCCAGGGAUUGCAGUGGUCCAGGACAUCGGACCCCUCGCACGAUCAGUAAUGCGCCGAAAAGCGGCGUGGUCGAUUAUCAUUCCGGCGUACCCCCGUAUCCAUCCUAUCUAUCCAAUAUAUGCCCGGUCGAACCAGUCGCUUCUAUAUAUAUAGCGUCUCAACAGUGAGUUCGAGCGCGGGCGUAGCUAGUUUAUUUUUAGUUUGGGUGACUCUUACUCGGAACGAAUCUGUCGCAACACUACUUGAAUGUAACUACAACACAAAUUUACGAGUCUACGUCUAUUUGGUCUAAAUCUAUUUGGGAUAAACCCACUCAUCGCUAAA